GUCCUGGCUGGCCGGGUUUCGCCAUUUUCUACACAAUAAGCAAAGUAACUAGCUUUACCAGUUUGGUGUUCUUUUACAUAAGCUAUAACGACAGGUGGGUUAUCAAUAAGUUACACUAAACUUUGUACGAUAUCUGAGAAUGGAAGACGAGAGCCACCCAAAAACCCUUUACGUGGGAAACCUGUCUAGGGAUGUUACAGAGAACUUAAUCCUUCAGCUGUUCACCCAGAUUGGUCCUUGUAAAAGUUGUAAAAUGAUAACUGAGUUGGAUAAUGUUGGAUUUUCUAUAUUGCAGCACACAAGCAAUGACCCAUAUUGUUUUGUGGAGUUCUAUGAACACAGAGAUGCUGCAGCUGCUUUAGCAGCAAUGAAUGGCAGGAAGAUUCUAGGAAAGGAGGUCAAGGUGAAUUGGGCAACGACUCCAAGCAGUCAGAAGAAAGACACAUCCAAUCAUUUCCAUGUUUUUGUGGGAGAUCUGAGUCCUGAGAUCACCACUGAUGAUAUUAGAGCCGCAUUUGCUCCUUUUGGGAAAAUCUCCGAUGCUCGUGUGGUGAAGGAUAUGACAACAGGGAAAUCAAAGGGGUAUGGAUUUGUGUCCUUCUAUAACAAACUGGAUGCGGAGAAUGCCAUAGUACACAUGGGCGGCCAGUGGUUAGGAGGACGGCAGAUUCGGACCAACUGGGCCACUAGGAAGCCCCCAGCGCCUAAGAAUACUCAAGAUGCCAGCCCAAAGCAGCUGAGAUAUGAAGAUGUUGUGAACCAGUCAAGUCCUCAGAACUGCACUGUAUACUGUGGUGGCAUUCAAUCAGGCCUCUCGGACCACCUUAUGCGACAGACGUUUUCACCUUUUGGGCAAAUAAUGGAAAUCAGAGUUUUCCCAGAAAAAGGCUAUUCUUUUAUCAGGUUCUCUUCCCAUGAAAGUGCUGCCCAUGCCAUUGUGUCAGUGAAUGGAACAACCAUUGAAGGCCAUAUUGUUAAGUGCUACUGGGGCAAAGAGUCACCUGAUAUGGCAAAAACUGUCCAGCCUGUAACAGAACAACAGGUGGAUUAUGGACAGUGGGGCCACUGGAAUCAGGUGUAUGGAAAUCCUCAGCAGUACGGCCAGUACAUGACAAAUGGAUGGCAAGUACCUUCCUAUGGAAUGUAUGGACAGACAUGGAAUCAGCAGGGAUUUGGAGUGGAACAAUCACAGUCCCCUGCCUGGGUAGGAGGGUUUGGGACUCAGCCCUCUCAGGCACAGCCUGGUCCUGUGAUGAACCAGGCUAACUUUGGCAUGGCUGGAUACCAGACACAGUGAUUUGUUCAUCACUGUCCAACAUCUGAGUCACUUUGUGGGAGCCCUCUUCCUUGCAUGAGGAGGGAAUAAAGAGACUAAUAGAAGUCAUUGACUCUUUCCCGAAAAACAUUCAGAACUGACCUGAAUCAGGGUUUAAGUGCAAAGAAGUGAAUUUUGAUUAUAGAACACCUUCAACAGGAAACUGAAUUUAUUUGCGAAAUUUAUUUUCAUUGUUUUAAUGGAGUCGGAUAUAAUAAACUGUACGUUUUCCCCUCCA